AAAAUGAUUGUCACUGACAAUAUAAUUGUUGGCAAAACUUUACUUUAGUGUCCACAAUUUUCUUUAUGCCACAUUUCUCCUCCACUUUUUAUUUUUAUUUCUCUGCUCUUCAUAAUCUUUUUGUUCAUAGACUUGUUGCAAGUUGGUGAGGUAAGAAGAUAAGGAAAAGAAUGGCAUUUGCAGGAACAACUCAGAAGUGUAUGGCUUGUAACAAAACAGUUUAUCUUGUUGAUAAGUUAACUGCUGAUAAUAGAAUUUUCCACAAAGCUUGUUUCAGAUGUCACCACUGCAAAGGAACCCUCAAGCUAAGCAACUACAAUUCUUUUGAGGGAGUUCUUUACUGCAGACCACACUUCGACCAACUGUUCAAAAGAACUGGUAGCCUUGAGAAAAGCUUUGAAGGGACACCGAAAAUUGUCAAGCCAGAAAGAAAUAUAGAUAAUGAGAAACCUGCUGCAGCUAAAGCCUCAAGUAUGUUUGGUGGAACAAGGGACAAAUGUUCUGGUUGUCAGAAAACAGUGUAUCCAACUGAGAAGGUUACAGUGAAUGGAACUCCUUACCAUAAGAGUUGUUUCAAAUGUUGUCAUGGAGGGUGUACUAUCAGUCCUUCCAAUUACAUAGCACAUGAGGGAAAACUCUACUGCAAACACCACCAUAUUCAACUGAUCAAGCAAAAGGGAAAUUUAAGCCAGCUAGAAGGUGACCAUGAGAAAAAUGCUGGGAAAAUCAAUGGUGAAGAAGUUGCAGCUGAAACUUGAUGACAGAGUCUCAAGUCUCAUAAAUUUUUCAAUUCUCAAGUUCCAUUUUAUGAACUGCAUGUUUCUGCAAUCUCUCAUGUUUUUGCUUGCCAUUAUGGUAUUCAAUAUUUGUUUGCAAGUGUGCGGAUCUAUGAGACAUAAUUACUCAACUUAUAAGUUGUUUGUUUUGUUUUCUGUGUUUUAUUUUGAUUUUAACGCAAACCAAAUGUAACUCCGGUAUGUUACAUGGUUUUAACGGGGUCUGAACUCUGAUACAUCUUUUGGAAUAAAAUCAUAUAUAUUAAUAGAGUUGGUGGCUACACUUGCUAGUUUCCAUCAAA